AUGGUUCUCUUGCGAGGAAAGUGGGAAAAGUCGCCAACUGAAUGGCUCAAGCACGUUCGCCAUCCUAGUACUGUCCAGCCACCGACAAAGCAUGGAGUGAGGGUCGUGGUGAUUGAGGCCGGCAAAGCAGAUGAGCUUCGGACAGACGUGACGAUCAAUCCUUGCUUUGAGCCAAGAGAUCUGCCAUGGCCUCUGGAGGCGGAACAAGCAUCUCACCUGACCUCUUGCGGGCUUGCGAUCAGUCUCGUAGAGUCGCUCAGGAGGAAUGAGGAAGGUGAGAUUCAGAGCGCAAUCCUCAAGUACCUGGACGCCUUGGUGAGUGUGUCGGAGGAGGCUUGCCAUCACCUCAACCGAUACAAGGAGCUUCCUCUCGAUGUCGGCGUCAAGCCCUCCGACGAAGACCGGGCGUGCAUCUCGCGAAUCGAGCAGUUGUGCUACGAGCAUAUAGAUCCAAACGGCUACGGGGAGAGCGUGAGCAACUGGUCGGGCUGGGCCGCGCUCUACGAAGUGUGGGUGAGGAAUCCCAAGGAGAAGCUGAGCAAGCUGAAGAUCUACGGGGUAGAGAAGAAGAUGAGCUCGUUCGACUUUGGAGGGGCUCACCUGACAGGCGGGAGGAUAUGGGCAAGCUCGCUCCUUCUGAUCCGAUGGCUCUCUUCGAUAGCUGGAGCGCUUCUGCUAGGAGAAGGACCCAUCUUGGAGCUGGGAGCUGGGCUGGGAGUCGUCGGGAUUGCCUUAGCCAAACAGGGACACAAGGUGGUAGUGAGUGACAGGGAACCCGCGCUGUUGGCGAGGAUGCAGGAGAAUGUGGAAGUGAAUCAGGUUGAGAGGACGUGCAAGGUGCUGGAUCUGGACUGGGCUGAGGUGGCGAAGCCACGCGUGAGCAAGCUGCUGAAGGCUCAAGGGUUCAGCUCUGUGGUAGCUGCAGACAUCAUCUAUGAGGAAGAAAUGGCCGACCUGAUCUUGGGGGUACUGCCAUACGCGCUGCCAAGAGGAGGAAACGUUGUCAUCAUCACGCCACUGAAGCAUCGCAAGGGGACGGUAUCCUUCAAGGAGAAACUGGAGCGCAGAGGCUUCGAGUUCUCCUCGCAACUUCUCCAUUGCAACCCGAGUUUGCACGAGCUCUUCGCAUAUUACGAGCCGGACCAGGAAUACCUGGGGUAUGUCAUCCGGAUCAAGAGCUCUUGA